UUUUUGUAACAGAAAACCAUGCAGAAUGGCUAAAGUUAUUGAAAUAUCAAAACAUGUCAUCGAGCCGACCGCUCGUGACCGUAGUGCGGGCCGGACGCCACAGCUUCUCGGAGGGAAUGCACUUGCAGCAACGCCUGGCAAAGUCUUCCCAGAUUCUGGAUCCGCCCUCGGAGUUCCACAAUUACCUGGUCCUGCAGGAGCACGACCCCGUCUACACAGUCGGCCUGAGGACAAAGGACUACACGGAAGAGGAUGAGCAUCGACUCCGCCGGCUGGGAGCCGACUUCCAUCGCACGGAUCGCGGCGGCCUGAUCACGUUCCACGGCCCCGGCCAGUUGGUGGUCUACCCCAUCUUGCACUUGCGCCAGUUUAGAGCGAGCAUGCGCUGGUACGUGGCCACGCUUGAGCGGACGGUCAUCGAGGCCUGCCGCCAGCUGGGCAUUCCCAAUGCCACCACAACCAAGGACACCGGCAUCUGGGUGGACAACAAGAAGAUCUGCGCUAUCGGUGUUCACGGCUCCCGUUACGUCACCACGCACGGGAUUGGCCUCAAUUGCUGCACGGAUCUGCGAUGGUUUGAGCACAUUGUUCCCUGCGGAAUUAAGGACAAGGGUGUGACCUCACUUAGCAAGGAGCUGGAUAGACAUGUCCCCAUCCAGGAGGCCAGCAGCGCACUCCUGAGAAGCUUCGCCAAUGUGUUUGAAUGCCGUCUGCAGGAUCAGACAAAAGGCAAAGUAACAAACAAUUAGGAGGUUCAAUAAGCAUUUUUAAGCAUUCAGUACAUAAAACAAAGAUUUCUUACUUGAACUAUCGGUCGAUUUUUCUGAUCUAAUGCACUCACUGAAGUAUGGACCUAUACUACUAAUUAGUUGAAUCAGUUGAGCUCAUUAUAACCUGUUUCAAACAAACUUUGAUUUCACAAUUUUUAUCACUUUUUCAAGGUUGAGGCUGACAAUUAAGACAGUUUUUUGACAGGAAGUAACCAAAAAUGUAAAUUUUUCUAUUCUUUGUAAUAUUGUAUUUCUCGGAAAGAAUGUCCGCGUUAAGCUAAACAACAGUGAGUAGUUUGUUCUACUGAACGCUUAUGAUACAUAAUGAAGUCAACACCUUACAAUUACAAUUUUACAAUUAUAAGGAUACUUCACCCAAACCGAGUCGAACUAGACAUGUCCGUUUGUCCAUCCAUACGCUGAGACAAUGGAAGAUUAAAAGUGCACGGCUCGACAGAUUUGAUUGCAGAAAGCAAUCGAUUGACUCUCUUUGGUUGACGAAUGCCCCUUACUCAUCUAAAAAUCAAAUCGGUCCAUUCAUAAACGAAAUUAGAGUAAAAUGAGACAAUUCGCUGGAAUUUAAAUUUAAUAUAUGCAGUUAAGGAGGUGCCUUGAAGCCAAUGUUUACUUCCGACGAGUUCCACAACGCUCUAACUCAGUACAAUACUCAAAUACAGUAUUUAGCAUACAUUUUGGUACAUGCUUUUGGGUAUUUGUAAUAAUUUGAAUGUUGCAAAAUCCUGCGAAAUUGCAGUUUUAUAGCUAUUCCCACGCAACACCUCAUUUUUCACACCAUGCUCGAACACAGGUACACAUGCGCAAACAAUUUUUUACCAAAUUUUUCGACCCAAUUAAGUAGGUAUCUAUCUAUUGAUCUCGUCAAUAUAUGGCACUCUCUAAUGCCCACAAACGCUGUUAUCGCUAAAUCUGUCUCCCGCCCACAUUACCAUCUAUUGAAAUGGAAGAUAUGUGGCGCUUUGCUUUCUUCAUUUUUCAUUUAAAAAUUAAUGGAUUAGAGCCUUACUUUGACAAACAAAUUAAUAUGAUUGGAUAAAUAAUGCCAGCGCUUGAAAAAUAUGAACAAUUUAAUUUUGGUCGACUGUAAGUAGAAAUAAGGAAGAACGCUAAAGUCGAGGGCCUCGACUAUCAGAUACCCGAUACUCAGCUUAAGAGAGAAAAUCGGUAUUUUAGGGCGCCUUCUACCUUUUCAGUGGAUGUUAUGUGAGCGGCAGACUGAUUUAGGCGUUUGAGUGGGUGUGGCACAUUUAGGUCAGUCGAUAGGUAUUGAUGAGACAAACACAUUUCAGUUAAAAUUUUGUUUCUAUCGUAAAAACUGUAGGCGCUACAGACCCCGAUGAAAAAAACUUGCGCUGGACAGGAAGCCCAGGAAUCUGCAUGCCAAGUCUGACCGUUCCAGAACUCAGGCUUUUAAUUAUGAUAGUAGUGGUAUGUAGUAGUAUGUAGUCGGGUAAAUCCGUCCUUAUGAACGCUGAGAUCUCGGAAACUACUGGGCUUCCUGCGCAGCUUAAGUUUGUUUCACCUGGGUUCCACGCCCUAUCUAAAGCCCACAAUCCGCAGAACACUCGAAAAAAACUAACUAAAAUGUAUUUGCCGCCCAUAUACCAUAUAUUGAAAUAGCGAGUAGGUGAUUGUUACUAGCUUCAGUAAUUAAAAAAAUUCGUUUUAAUAAUUCCUUUAUUAUUUCUCUGACCGUUUGUCUGACACCUAUGUUUUAGAGCUACCAAAAAUUAUAUUCCCAACAGUAUAAGAUAAUAUGUCAAAAAACAACGAAGCUAUAAUUUGUUUCAUAUUAUUUUCCCACCAAUUUUCCGAUCAUUCCUAUGGCAGCUAUAUGUUACAGUGGUCGGAUUUUGAUAAAAUAUUCAAAAUUCAGAACUAAUUAAAAAAAUAUCUUUUCCAAGCGUAGGAGGUUAUAUGUUAAAAGCACCAAAAAUAUAAAUAAAAAAAAUUCCCGCAGCUCUGUUGCGUAUAACAAA